AUUAGAAGUAUGAAGAGAAGCUCACCAUCGUCUAGUGAUGCAGCGGCAGGACCGUCUGGUUCUGGGGGACCUUCGGGUUCCGGGGGACCUUCGGGUUCCGGGGGACCUUCGGGUUCUGGAGCAGCCGGCCCUUCUGGAUCUUCCCAGGAGGGUCCUCGGAAAAAAAUGAAGACACAAAGAGUGGAGACACCUGAAGAAGUUAGGAGACAAAGAGACGAGAGAGAAGCAGCAGAGAGGAGAAGAAUGACCACCGUUGCCUACUCAAAGGCAGAAAGACGCAGGGCACACGAAUUUCGACUGCAGAAGGAGAAGGAGGAGAAAAGAAGGAGAAAUGAGGAAAAGAGACACAUUAUAGAAGAGGCUAGCAAUGUAGCCACCUCACUAGCCAACGAAAGAAUGGUCAACCUGGCAGCAAGAUUUAUGGACCGGGUGGCACAGGGUUUAUCAUUCGAAGAAGCCAGGAACCAACUGGACGCUGAUAUCGAAGAGAGCAGCACAGAGCUCAGGCGAUCGAUCCAAGAAUCAUUGAAUCGUACAUUUCCUAUCGAACAGGAAGAAAUCAUUACUCAAAGGUCACCUGCAGUCUUGGAUCCCUCGCCAGUUAAGCAGCCUUCGCCACCACCAUCAACAACUUCUCCCGUUGACCCACAGCGUCCAGUUAUUAGUACACCAUCUGUAUCUCCUCCGCUGCCUUCAGUUAGUCCCCCACCACCACCACCACAAUCACCACCUCCACAAUCACCACCCCCACAAUCACCCCCAGCUGCUGUCCCGGUAAUUCCAGUGCCACCAAUUCAAGCACCACCAGCUCAAGUGCCACCAGCUCAUGUGCAGCCAGCUCAAGUGCCACCAGCUCAUGUGCAGCCAGCUCAAGUGCCACCAGUACAAGGAGUACAGCAAAAAAAGCGAGGAAAUCCCGGGAAUUUCUUUAUUUCGUCCGUGUCACUAUAGAUUAUUAUCUCAGGUGUCGCUAAAAUUGAUGCUGAGGCAAAUAUGAUAUGAGAAGGGUUAGGAAUAUUCUUUUUGACAUACUUUUUAAGUGUUCCGCAGUGGAUUGAUCGUUACGACACGGUUCCCAGCAGAUCACCGAAGUCAAACAUUACUGGCUGCUGUCAGUGUGCGGGUGGGUGACGAUUUGGAUCAGUCUGCGUAGGGAACGAGGUUGUGUGGUAUUGGUCCUCGUUAAACUGUUCUACCGUAAAGUGCUCGACUUCGCGUGCAAAUCGUCGGGCUAUCGAAGCGAGGGUGCCAUCCCCUCUGCAGAGGAUCAAAAUUGUGAUGGCAUGUCUUCGGAUCAUACUGAGGGAUGUUUCCCUUACCGUCGCCAAUAGCCCAUUGUGCAUCUCUAGUGUGACGUAAAUGAACUACAACUACAGCAACUACUUUUUAAAUAUAUUAUUGUCUGUUUGAGACAUUGUUCUCCUUUGCUUUCUAAUUAAUAUCAAAUACUGCAUUUUAGGGGGUCAUUGGGCGGACGCUUUAAUGAUUUCUUAUAUUUUUUUGGUAUGCAU